GUGGGCUGUACUAUACUUUUAUGUCUUACGGGGUACUACGUUAUUAUGGAAUGGGAAAGUAGCGAUUCUACAGCCAUGUUAACUAUGUCUGUGAUACUUACAUCUUUCGCUUUUUCCAUUUUUACUAAUUGCUACGUCGGUCAACUGUUGACAGAUCAGAGCCUGAAGCUUGGAUUAAUGACGUCCACAACCAAUUGGCAUCGUCUUCCGCAUAAAAGGGCUCGAACUCUAAUCCUGAUAAUGGCGGUUUCUAAUAUUCCGGCAAAAAUCUCAGCGGGCAAAAUGAUAGAAAUGUCUCUACCUACGUUCAGUAAUGUAAGUUGA